GCGCGCGUAUCGGCGCGCUGCCAGCAGGGACUGUCCCAACGGACGCUACGGGAGUCCGCAGCCGGCAUAGGCUCAGUUGGCAGCAGCACGCACAGCGAGUAGCAUCAACCAUGGCCGAUAUCUCGAAGGACGAGCUACGCAAGGAGAUCACCGCUAUCCUCAAGGAUGCUGAUCUCACUACAAUGUCUGCUAAAAAAGUGAGGCAACAAAUCGAAGAGAAACUUGAUAUUGACCUCAUAGAAAGGAAAAAAGAAGUUGACGAUUUAGUCAUGGAAUGUCUUCAAGAAAAACAAGAUGGAGGAAAGAAAAAGAAAAAGGCUGCUAGCGAAGAAUCUGAAGACGGUGAAGAGGAGGAGGAGGAAGGAUCCGAAGAAGAAGAGGAGGAAGAAGAAAAGAAACCAGCCAAGCGAAAUCCUGCUAAAAAGGCUCCCAACAAACGUAAGAAGGGUUCUUCCGAUGAUGAAGAAAGCGCUAGUGAUGAUGAUGCCAGCGACGAAGAGUAUAGCCCAAAGAAACCUAAAGUUGCACCCAAAAAAAAUAAGCCUGGAAAGAAAGGAAAAAAGAAGGGAAGCGAUAGUGAUAGUGACGAAGACUGGGGUAAAAACAAAAAGGCUCCAGGAAGUACAGCAAAGAAAGGUGGCGGUAGCAAAGGCAAGGGUGGUGGCUAUACACGCGCUAUCACGCUAUCUCCAGAACUCGCCGCGGUUGUCGGCGCAGAACAAAUGGCUCGACAUGAAGUCGUGAAAAAAGUAUGGAGUAUCAUUAAAGAAAGGAAUCUUUAUGAUCCUAAGAAUAAACAAUUCGCAAUUUGUGAUGAGGAAUUAAUGAAGGUAAUCGGCGUAAAGCGCUUCAGAACUUUUGGUAUGAUGAAAUACCUCAAAAAUCACUUUGUAGAUUAAAUCAUAUUUCAAUCCCGAUCUCUGACAAGUUAUAUACAUAUAUAACAUAUUCCAAGGUGCGUCUCGUGCACCUCUCCAUCUUUCUCACGAUACAUAUAUAUACAUAUAUAUAUAUAUAUACAUGAAACACAACGUAUUUCUUGCGACUUAAGACUUUAGACCAUGUUUACACCAUUCCGACGUAUUCUGCCGCCCAUCGUAAUCGUUUUGUCCCAUUGGUUAUUACAAUAACGUACUUUGACCCUAUAAGCAUCAUAGAUAUGACUUCCAACAAAUGUUAGGAAUAACGUUUUGAUAAUGUGCAACAAGUAUAAUUGCCAAUGAUUACCGAUGACUUUAUCUAAUAUUGGGACAAUUAUUACCAUGGACGUUCAGAUGAUUUCGAAAUGUGAAUACAUUACAGUGGCCAAUAGUCAAUAAGCUGGUUUUAAGUCAUUUAAUUCAAAAUAAAUGUUAUAUUAUUUGUAUGAUCAUGAUUAAUAAUAAUAUCUUAUUCCAAACGCGGUAACACGACGCACCAUUAUAAUAAUGACAUUUAAAUGAAUUAGAAAAAAGUGAGAGAGAGUACAUUUAAAUUUGAAAGUGAUUUUUUUUGAGAAGUUUUAUUUUAUUUUAACUGACACAUUUAUCACAUUGGUGUGUGGCACAGUUGCUUUCAAUAUAUAUUUAAGAUAUGGACUAGACAAAUUUUUUUCCCAUCUUUUUUGUAUUAUAUCAAUAAUUAUCUUAAAAAAACCAUAUGGUAUUUUUGUCUUUUCUUUUUACCCUUUUAAAAAAAAUGCUUCUUGGUAAUAUUGGAUGCAACAGAAUGAUAGAUUUCAUCUCAAAAAAGUGUGGAUGUUUAAAAGAAAUGCGGAAAAAUAAAGAGAGAAGCUAUGCGAAAAAUCAUCCUGUACCUCUUCUGUAUAAUAGCUACAUUAUACACAUGAAAAUGUAAGCAAAGUUUAAUUGUAUUAUCGUGUAAUUACUAAUUAUUGUCGUAAUAUAGAUUUCUUGGUGUAAAAAUUGAAAAUCUAACAUUUAAGAUCUAAUGGUAAAACAAUAUAUUCAUUGAAAAGUACGAUAUAAGCACAUUAAAAGUCACAAUGCGAGCAGCGGUCACUGGCGCAAUGUUGAAGUGUAGGAAGUAAAAUAGGCUCACGGAGCGAGGUGCGGAAUCUUAACCGCAUAUGUCUGUUCGAGCUUCGACAUGUGUAAAAUUCGUGUAUUUUGAAUAUAAAUUAAAGAAAUGCUGGCCUAAACCACGAGGAAAGCCACACGAAUGAAAUCCUACAGUUUGCGAUAACGAAAGCAUACAUACGCGAGAAAAAUAUGUGCGCACGGAAUGAUGAAUUAUAAUGCUAAUAUUGUGUUUUCUAAAAA